UGAAUCGAGUACUGAAAUCAUCGCUCGGUUGUCUAUGGCCGCAUCAGGAACCAAAUGAGCAAAAACGGUGUGUCUUUGCGCUCUUAUUUCAGUUAUAAAUAGCUAGUGACAUUGAAGAAGUAGGUCGCGGCAGCAGUUAGUGUUACAGAGCCAAGUUCUAGCUAAAAAAAGUGAAAGAAGCAGCUUGUAGCAGCAAGUGAAAUGUCUUCACUGAUUUCAUGCGUUUAUGCUAACAAGCUGUUGACUUAACUGGCUAGCAAAGCUAUCAGGAGGUUCUUGUGUGUACCAAGAAACGUGUAUUGUUUUUUAUUUUUUAUUGUUGUUCCGGUUAAUAGGACGAAAGUACAAAUGCCUGUGAGCGCUUAACUUCUUAAUUUCCUCUAUAGACGUUUAUCAGAUACUGCUUUAGCCUGUUAGCUGCUUUAGCCUGUUAGCCAGCUAGCUAGCAGCACAGAAACAGGACCUGUAGGUACAUGUGCAUGCUCUCGGGCUCCUGUAGUCGCCAGCGUUAUAAAGUGUUUGCUUGAUUUUUUUUAAAGAGACAGUAAUAAAAGCGAGUGAAUGAAAGGGGUUAAAAGUAACAGUCGUCGUGGAGCGUUUGUCACUCAGGAGGGAAUAAUGCAGUAGCUGUGUGUGAGGAGGCUUCACUUCUGGCCUCAGUGCUGGAUGUAGAUGAUGCGGAUGCCCUGGUUCAUUACUGUCAUUAACCGAAGAAUCAUGAAGCUCCUCGUCGCCCUCGGUCUCAUCGCAUACAUCGCCUAAACUGCAAAUCUCCUGGGAUUUUCACACACAACAGUCCCUUGAGUUUGCACAGAAAGCUGUUUGGGGAACCUACACCAACAUGAGGAUGAUUCAGGAACAUAGUGAGCUGAAGAUUGAGCAGAGGAUAGAUGAGGCUGUUGCGCCUUUAAGAGAGAAAAUUCGGGAUCUUGAACUCAGUUUAACACAAAAGUAUCCACCUGUGAAGUUUCUCUCGGAGAAGGAUCGCAAGAGGAUUUUGAUCACUGGUGGUGCAGGCUUUGUGGGCUCCCACCUGACUGAUAAACUGAUGAUGGACGGUCAUGAGGUAACUGUGGUGGAUAACUUUUUUACCGGCCGCAAGCGCAAUGUAGAGCACUGGAUCGGCCAUGAGAACUUUGAGCUCAUCAACCACGAUGUAGUAGAACCCCUCUAUAUUGAAGUGGAUCAGAUUUAUCACUUGGCCUCCCCUGCAUCACCACCCAAUUACAUGUAUAAUCCAAUCAAGACCCUUAAAACCAACACUAUUGGCACUCUGAAUAUGCUUGGUCUGGCGAAGCGCGUGGGUGCUCGACUACUACUUGCAUCUACAUCAGAGGUGUAUGGAGAUCCAGAGGUACAUCCUCAGAAUGAAGACUAUUGGGGUCACGUCAACCCGAUCGGACCGAGGGCAUGUUAUGAUGAAGGGAAGCGCGUGGCUGAAACUAUGUGUUACGCAUACAUGAAACAGGAGGGGGUAGAGGUGCGAGUGGCACGGAUCUUUAACACGUUUGGUUCUCGCAUGCAUAUGAACGAUGGCCGGGUGGUUAGUAACUUCAUCCUGCAGGCUCUACAGGGCGAACCCCUGACGGUUUAUGGUUCAGGAUCUCAGACUAGAGCAUUUCAGUAUGUCAGUGAUCUUGUGAAUGGUCUUGUGGCCCUGAUGAACAGUAACAUCAGCAGUCCUGUUAACCUGGGAAACCCUGAGGAACAUACCAUACUGGAAUUUGCUCAGAUGAUUAAAAGUCUGGUUGUGAGUCGCAGUCAUAUCCAGUUCCUACCAGAAGCUCAGGAUGACCCUCAGAGACGGCGGCCAGACAUCCGCAAGGCAAAAAUGCUCCUUGGCUGGGAGCCUGUGGUGCCAUUGGAGGAGGGGCUGAACAAAACUAUUCAAUAUUUCAGCAAGGAGCUGGAACAUCAAGCCAAUAAUCAAUAUAUUCCCAAACCCAAGGCAGCCCGUAUGAAGAAAGGCAGACCAAGACACAACUAGAGAACAGGCUUUCUCUCAGGGAUGCUGGGACCGUGUGGCCUCAUGUGGCCUCGAGCAGCCAAUUCUCACUGAGGGAUUUUCCCCAUGAACUGGGGGAUUUGGGGUUCUUUUUUGCCCUCAGUUUUUGGAAAACUGUUCUAUUGAGAACUGUCUCUUUUGAUCUUGCUUUUCAAACGUGUGCCUCAGAAAAAAAGAGAGAAAAACCAGACGCCGAGUAUCAUGUCUUGCACUUUGGAUUUUGUCAAUUGCCUAUUAUUUAAGAAAAUGGUGAAAAAACUCCUUUUUGUGAUUUGUGCAUUUAUGCCGGCCAUUAAGUUUGAUGUGAUUCUUUUUUUUUUUUUUUUUUUUUUUUUUUAACUAAUGUCUUUUUUUCAGCGUUGAGAUUUAUUAUGGAGCGUAGUGAUAUCCACUUUAUUUAUCUUGAAUGUGCUGCAGUGGGACGUUCUGCGCUAAUCCGAAGAAAAGAGAAAACGAUGUGAAACGUGUUUUCUGCUUUUUUUUUUUUUUUUUUUUUAAAUGUCAUUUUGAGCCAAGUCUACUGUUGCCAUUGUCAUACUUCUUCAAAGAGAACAAAUGCUUUUUCUGAUUUCAGGUGAAAAACAAAAGCUAUUUUAAUAAAAUAUUUACACUGUACAUUAUA